UUUCUGGGUUUGAGAGUAAUUUAAUCAAAGCGUGGUACCUGCGCCAAGAUUCCAUUGGGUUUACUGCUCCUCUUCGGCUUUCCUCCCAGUUUUUAAUAUUUAUUUAUUGAGAUUAAGGGAUGAAAUUUUGCCCAAUUGGGGAGAAUUCAAUUCUUCUUCAAACAGCAUCACUUUCAUUCCUUAAUAUUGAUUAGGAAGGAAGAUACAAUUUUUUAACGAGCGGAGAAAUUUUUGAGCACCUCUGCGCCGAGAUUCCAUUGUGGUUGUCGUCACUCACCGACUUUCCUCGUGGUUUUUCAUUUUCACUUAUCAAGAUUAAGGGAUGAAACUUGGUCGGAAUGCGUAGAAUUUAAUUCCCCCCCAAGUGACGUUGGUUUCAUUCUUUAAUAUUCAUUAGGAAGGGAGAUAUAAUGUUUCAAUUAGUGAGGGAACUUUCGGGCGCCUGAGCCACUGCCAAAAUCGACGGCGACGCCUCUCUCGUGGGGAUCAUUACUACUGUUGGCGUGGGGUCACCUGACCUCCGGGAGCUGAGCCUCUACUUCAGUCUGUCCUCUAUGUCUGAAAUGCACAGUUUGAAAAUUCCUCUUAUCACCCCCCACCGCCCUAUCAUCGUGGCCAACCAUCAACUGACCCUCUCACACAAGUUCUAAAUAUUCAGUCGCCAGUCAGUGCGCCAGUGUCUCAAGCGUAACAUUGAGGGGCAGGAAAGUGCGUCUGAUAAUGGAGUUGUGUGGCUGUGCAAACUACCAUUUUACGAGAAUAACCCCGAAGACAAUAAUUCAGGAUUACGAUGGAUCACUUAACGCAUAACAGGAGUGUUAAAUUUUGUGAAUAAAACAAGAGUUGAGUGUUGGUGAUUGUUUCGUUGGUCAUUUGUUCUUUGUUUUGUUUCGAGAGUUAUGGCUUCGGUGAAGGUGGCCGUUAGGGUUCGCCCCUUCAAUAAAAGAGAAUUGGCUAUGAAUGCUAAGCUCAUGGUACAAAUGGAUGGCAAGAAGACACGGAUAUUCAGCAGCAAGAGUCCUGGUGGAUGCAGAGACAUUGACAAGGAAACGUACAAAGACUUCACAUUCGAUCAUUCCUAUUGGUCCUUUGAUACUGGUGAUGGAAACUAUGCAUCGCAAGAAGAAGUAUUCUAUGAUCUCGGAACAGAUGUCAUUGAGAGUGCUUUUGCUGGAUACAACGCCUGUGUUUUCGCCUACGGUCAGACUGGAUCGGGAAAAACGUUUACAAUGAUGGGCUCGCCGGAAGCCCAGGGCCUAAUCCCAAGGAUAUGCAAGACUUUAUUCGCGAGGAUGGCAGCGGGAAAGGAAACAGGCGCAUCUUACAGGACAGAAGUUUCAUUUCUUGAGAUUCAUAAUGAACGAGUACGAGAUCUUUUGAGGCCAGACCAGAAUCAAUCACAUUCCCUAAAGGUCCGAGAGCAUCCAAAAAGGGGGCCUUAUGUCCAGGACCUGUCUAAUCACUUGGUUUAUGAUUACACUGACAUUCAGGAAUACAUGGUGCGAGGAAAUACGCACAGAACAACUGCAAGUACAAAUAUGAACGAUGUGAGCAGUAGAAGUCACGCGAUAUUUACAAUAACAUUCGUGCAGGCUGGAUUUUCCGAAGGAAACUUGCCAUCGGAGACUGUUUCUAAGGUGCAUCUGGUAGACUUGGCUGGAAGUGAACGAGCGAAUGCAACAGGAGCCACAGGCCAGCGAUUAAAAGAGGGCGCCCAUAUAAAUAAAUCCCUGGUAACCUUGGGGUCAGUCAUCUCCGCCCUGGCAGAAGUCUCUCAAUCCUCCACCGACUCAAACAACAUUCGAAAAAGCGUUUUUAUCCCCUACAGAGACUCAGUCCUCACAUGGCUAUUGAAGGAUUCCCUCGGUGGGAACUCCAAGACGAUAAUGAUUGCCGCAAUCAGUCCAGCUGACUGCAAUUAUGGAGAAACACUGAGCACCCUUCGAUAUGCUAAUAGAGCUAAGAACAUCAUAAAUAAACCAACUAUAAAUGAGGACGCAAAUGUAAAAUUAAUUCGUGAAUUGAGAGAAGAGAUUCUAAAACUGAAAUCGAUGAUGGGAAAGGAUAUGAGUCUAGAAAAGCCUCCCCAGCAGAAGGUUUUGCUGGCGCAAAUACAUGAGAAACAAGAGCAGGAGAAAGUCUUGACGGAGGAAUGGACGGAGAAAUGGAGGGAGACACAGAAAAUUUUACAAGAACAAAAAGCCCUGGGAUUACGUAAAAGUGGAGUUGGAGUUGUACUGGACUCUGAAAUGCCUCAUCUCGUGGGUAUUGAUGAUGAUUUAUUGAGUACUGGGGUUACUCUGUAUCAUUUGAAAGAGGGAAAGACUCUGGUGGGUACAGAGGAAGCCAUUUCUCUGCAGGAUAUUGCCCUGACUGGUCCAGAUGUCGAACCUGAACAUUGUAUCGUUGAACUCAUUGCUGGGGUGGCUACUUUACUGCCACUAUCACCUCAUUGUUGGAUCAAUAUGGUUCAGGUGGACAAACCUACGAGAUUAUCUCAGGGAUGCAUUAUUCUCCUUGGUAGAAAUAACAUGUUCAGGUACAAUGAUCCUGUCGAGGCUGCAAAAUUGAGGAAAGAAGGCGGAUCUGGUAAUGGCAAUCUGCAAUCGACGGUUGUUAAUCUAUCAAGAUUAUCACUACUCAGUUGGAGUGUUUCGGAUCUUCAUGUGUCGACCUCCAGCGAUAAUUUACUAAACUCGAGUGAGGAUUUGAGAGCUCUUGAAGAAUUAGAACAACAAAAGGCAGCUUUGAUUAAGGAGAAAGAAGACUUUAAGAAAGAACAAGAAGAAAGGGAGGAAAGAUGGGCAGCGAGACGUGAAGCAUUGGAGGGGGCUCAAAGGGAAUUAGAAAGAGAAUGGGGUGCACAAUGGAAAGAAUGGGCAGAUGCAAUAGCUGCAUUAGAGGCGAAACAACGUGAAUUGCGUACAAGACGACGUGUACUCGAGCAAGAAAGGCGAGACGAGAUGACACAAGUAGAAAGUUUGUGUAGGGAAGUCGCCUCCCUUCGUACCAAUCUCCAGAACAAACAGCUACAGUUCGAAGAAUUCAUGAGUAAUCACAAUGAAUUGAUGAUACAACAACAAAAUGUGAUCAAGACGGAUGAGAAUACCAUCAGCGAGAGCAGUUUGCCAGAGUCCUGGGGAAGUUUUAAUAAUAAAAAAUCAGUGGAUACCAUGAAGGAACUCGUCAAUCAUCAUAAAAAAGAAUUGGCUGCGUUAGAGUCCGAACUCCAUAACAAAGUCAAAUCCCUGAAUGAACAUCAAUCUCGAGUGGAAAAAAUGGAAGAGGAGCUAUCAGAUAUGGCAGACAAACAGAAGCAAAUGCUCAGUCUCGAGUUUGAGGGUCAAGGGAUAACCGAAAAGAAGCUCGUUUUGGCCAAACGCACCCAGGAACAACUCCAGGAGCUCCUCAAACGCAAACAAUCUCUCUCCCUAAAUCUAAAACGUACGCUUCCAGCCUCUUCCGGUCGUUCCAGCAGUUCCAGCGAUGUUUUAGCAAGCUGUGAUCUGAAAUCCUUCCAGGACGCCUGCAAUCGCAAGCUGAGAAUCGCUUCAGCUCUCUGUCUGUUGCCUCCUGACUUCAGCAUGUCCACCGAUACAAGUGAGACCUUCCACACAGCAGCAGCUGACACUCCAGACCUCCAGUCAUUUCCGUCCUCGCCCAAUGUAGUUGAACCCGUCAGCUCCAUCGAGUCCCAUGAGGCAAUUAACUCACCAGAUGAACAUUUUCUCGACCUAAAUGACCGUAAGACCGAUGAGGAUCCUGGAAUAUUGCCCUCAAGUGAAGACAAAAUUGAUGAGUACAUGAUAAAUCAUCAAACGAUAACUUCCAAUGAGCCUAUCGGCGAUGAAUCGAUAAUUCUUCAAACGUCUUCAGAAUCAGAGAAACAAGAAAAAAAGACUGAAUUAGUGAGUGAUAAUUAUAAGAUAAUUGAGCAAAGUGAUGACAAUAAAGAAUUAACUAGUGAUUUAGGUGAGACUUCUAAAGAUAAUGAUGAUGAUGAUGAUAAUGAUGAAGAAGAUAGGACAUUUGCAAGUCAUGCGAGAGGAUCAGUAGAGACUUUAAGCACUGAUCAUCAUGAGAAUCAGGCGAUGAAGAGGCUCAACCAGAGGAUAACACGACAGAAGAUGACGGUUAUGAGAUGUCUUGAGUCUGGUGCACCAGCUAAGGAUGAUUUGAAUCGACAGAUUCUCGUACUUCAGGAUCUUCACAGGCAGCAGAUUGAGCUUGAGAUCUGGCUACGGAAGAGGGGAAAGGAGUACGAGAUGAGGGGGGGUUUGGAAAGGGUGGAAGGAAGGGUGGAUUAUAUGGAGACAGAGUCUGAAGAUGAGAACUGGAAUUCUGGAGUGGAAAGUGGGAUUGGUGGAGUUGGGCGAGGAUCGCCGGGAGGGAGGGAUGUUAUGAGCGAUCAGGAUGAGGAGAGGAAGCAGAGUCUGAGGAAUGGAGCGCAAAAGGGGCCGGUCAGCAGGGGAUAUUCUUCGGUUUACCUUACCAGCCUCAAUCGUGGAGAUCGACUAGGCAGUCCCUAUUCCCUCUCAAUUACAAGAUCACUACCAUCACUGAUACCUAGUGAUAGCCCAGCCGAUGCUGUCAUCAAUAUGAUCAUCUCCGUACCCUCAUACGUCAUACGUGGAGCCGGCACCUCGAGUCACUACGAGUACGAAGUUCGUGUCGUUGCUGUUGAUGAUAGUUGGACACUUUUACGUCGCUACCGACGAUUCCGAGAACUUUAUGUCAGCAUGAGGCAGAAAUAUGACGGAAAGGUAUCAUCAAUUCGCUUUCCACCACGGCAGGUAUUUCCUAGAUACGAAAUAGUUGCUAAACAACGAAGAAAACGUCUGGAAGAAUAUCUCAGGCGAUUAAUUCAAGUUUGUUCGGAAUUACCCAAUUGCGAGCCUCUCUAUAAAUUCCGAGGGAAUCUUAGUAACAUCGAUAAAAAAUCACUUCUUGAAUUCAGUUCAUUCUUCAGACGUGGUACAUUUGAGAGCAGCAAAUACGGGACCAGCUAAAAAAUACGGUUUGGGUCACAUUGUUGGCUCUUAUUAUUUUUAAUUUUAUUCAGUUUGACAGCUGAUAAUUUUGUAAUAUGAAAUUAUUAUUUAUUUUUUCUUCUACGAUGAAUGAUAAUAGUUUUUUUGCGAAUGUAAUUCUAUUCAAAAUAGAAAUCUACAUUUUACUACUCGUUUUUGGCGAUUGUGAUUUUUCAGAGAAAAAAAUACUUCAAACAAUUGCAACAUAAAGAAGUAAAAAUUAGUAGAACAAUUCUUAUUGAAUAAUUACGUCGUUAAUGAAUAGUUCUAGAGGGAAAUGUUAGAUAUAAUUUUAUGACUGAUAUAAUCAAGAAAAUAUUGUCGACUACAAGGCCGGUCUUUUAAUAUUUUCUUCUGAAUCGAUUAAAUUAUUCCCGAAAUAAUUAAUGAAUCGAAGAGCAAUAUUUUUAAAGAAAAAUUGAGAUGAAAAAAUUAUCUCUCGGUACAUUUUACGUUUGGUUACCGUUAGAUAUUUAAUCUCUUCCUCAUUCAGUCAAUUAUGUAAUUUAUUUGUUUAUGUCCCACUGGGAGCAAUUGUUCGAUUGAUUAGAGGAAAGAGGGGUGACGGAGGAGGAGGAUAGAUGAGAAUAAAUGAUAUUAAAGUGGCCUCAUUAAAUAGCAAGUAUUGCAUUAUCGCUUCGGCAAAUAUCAGUAUUCAAUUAAAGUACGCACUAAGAAAUUUUUAAAUGUAAUAACUUAAUUUAAAAAUAUCGGGUUAUAAAUGAAUUUAUAGAAUAAGUUGCAUUAAAUUGUGGAGAGAGUAAUUUUGAAAAUUUGUAACUAACGCGGAAGAAUUUUAAAGGCUAGUUAUGGAACAAUUUCCACCUAAGGGCCCUGGUGAUGAUGAUUUUAAACUAAUUGAGAUGAUUGGAUCUGAAUGUAACUGGAAAUUAGAUCAAUUAUUUAAUUAAUUAACACUUGCAACUUGGUCAUACAUCACGAUCGGAAUGGUUCGUCACAGAACCGUCACCUUUUGAAAAAACAUCACAUUUUCAGGCCUUUAAAACGUUGCAAUUAUUAAUUAAUAAUAGUUAUGUCUGACAUGAAUGUUCUAUGACGAAUGUUCCAUGAAAAAAUGUAAGUAUAACACUAGUGCUUGAUCAAAAAUCAAGAAACAUGUCCCUAAAUCUACUCAUUAGUGAAGUAUUUGAACAAUUAGCAAAUUGAAAAUUCUAAAUCUGUCUAAACUAUAAUCCUAAUUAAUUACGGAACCAUCUUGUGAAUGUCACCAAACUUUUUUUUGCAGAGAAUUGAAUUCUCGAUAAAAAAAAUGUAGUCUUUCGAUGUAUGAUGUAAUUUCCGCAAUGAACAUGAUAAUUGCGGGUUUAAAAUGAAAUGAAUCUCAACUUGAAUGCUUUUUCAACAUAUAAUCUGAAAAACAAUAUGUUGAAUACAGAAAAUGAUUUAUGAUCUGAAACCUACUAAAUUAUAUUAGUUCAUUACAAUUAUAAUAAUGUUACCUUGCACUUAAUUAAUCAUUAAAACAUCUCAACAUGGGCCUCAAGUGGAAUCGAGCGAAUUAGCUUAUAAAUGUUGAAGAAAAAAAAUAUCGCACAUAAAUAAAUUAUAUUAACAUGA